GGCACUGUUGUAUCUUGAGGGUAAAAAAAUUUAGACACCUUUGUGCUUUAUUUUCUUUUAUUUGGCUGAUUUCUCACAUUUAUUUUUCACGCAAGCAUUACUGUGGCUUUGUUGCAUCUUAUUCCUGCUGAGUAUGCAGGCAGCCGACCAAGAACGCAGGAAGGCCUGUGUUGGCCUCGUUCUUUAUGUUCGCGUUUCGUAACGGAAAUCGAAGUGAUCUGUUGCCUGCCUCUACCUAAAAUUUGAAACGGCGUCAUAUCUCUACACAGAUUGCAUCGUCCAAGGUCACUUUUUAUUUCAGGAAGGCUAGUUUGCAUUCUUUAAACAUGGUGGCUGCACCGCUUGCAAAAAUAAUGAUCGUUGCCAUCGGAACUAGCAUGUGGGUGUGGAUGCAAGCUUACGUCAAGAUUCAAGUCGUUUUGCACGGGAAAUCUAUCCUCACGCCUAAAGCUCGGACGGAACCACCAGAGUUAAGGAAUGACACGUUUGGAAGGCAUGAAUACGCAAACCUGACAAACAUUACAAUUCAUUACGUGACUAAAGGCUGUGAAGACACUCGUCCAGACCGUCCUAUGCUGCUUAUGCUACAUGGAUUCUUGGAUUUCUGGUACAUUUGGAACAGGCAGAUACCAGUCCUCGGGGAACAAUUCUGCGUCGUGGCUCCAGAUUUGCGUGGAUAUGGCCUUACUACGAAGCCCAAAAACCCAGAAGACUACAUGAUGACAAAUGUGAUAGAAGAUCUGAGAGAAUUCAUCCAAAUUUUGACGAUGGCGACCAAGAGAGAUAUUAUCCUUGUCGGACACGACUGGGGUGGAAUGGCUGCCUUGUGCUUCGCAACCAUGCAUGAAAAGUUAAUAGACGGUCUCAUCAUCAUCAAUGGAGUGCAUCCAAUGGCCUUUUAUAAGCAGCAGGAGCGAAGCCUGGGACAAAUAAGGAAGAGCUGGUAUAUGCGGCCAUUUCAGCACCCUGAUAUCCCUGAGAAGUACAUCAUGAUGAAGGAUUUCGCUGUCUUUGAGAAGAUGCACAAAGGAUUCACCUUAGAGGAGGAAGAGGCCCACAAGUACAUGUUCUCCCAAAACGGCUCGCUAACUGGUGCCCUGAACUACUAUCGAGCCUUCAACAAAGACCAAGACCAACUAAAGAAACUACCGUAUCGCAAGAUCAACGUCACCACCGUUAUUCUAUGGGCAGUGAAAGACCAAUUUCUCACCCCACGUAUUGCGACGUACAAUCAAAAGUGGCUGAAAAAUUCAAAGGUGGUGUACUACACGCGGGCAAGUCACUGGGUGCUCCGGGAGUGCCCCACGGAGGUCAACGACCACAUUCGGAACUUCGCGAUGGACGAAUGGGAGGAUGUAGCGCCAGAGGAGAGGAGCCUGCAGGCAUGGAAACCAAGUGACAACCCAUGUGCCGUGUCCAUGAAAGCGGGAAAGAAGAAAAAACCACCUUCGUUUGCGUUUCUUCCACCCAACGCAUUCGUUCCCAAUUUCGCCCAAUAAUACUACCUUCACCGUGAGCUCUCUUGCUUGGUGUUUUGGCUUCGUCUAAGGUAAUAAAAGAGCUGGCAGAGAGUUCAGAAUUAAUUUCGCGUGAUAUGAGAAUUCGUGGCACAAUAUACAGGAUUGCCGGAUUAUGCUAAUAAAAAUAUCUAGGACUACGCGCUGCCCUCUGUGUAAGCUAUGUAAUAAAAAUUGUGGCUUUGGUUACA